GAGACCCUGAGAGGGGGAGACACUGACUGACUGAGGAGACAAGGUGUUGCUGCUUGGAAGUAAUACAUAAUGGGUAAUGUGACCGGAAUGAAUGCAAUGUAAAUCUGCAUCCAUAGAUCAGCAUCAAACCUAGGUAAUAUUUCAGAUCUAAAUGUCUGAGAACGUCUGAGGAUGAUGGCUUUCUGUGCAAAAAUGAGAAAUUCCAAGAAACCCGAACUGGACGUAUGCAUACGGGAAGGAUUGGAGAUUAAUUUCUAUUCAACGGAUAAAUCUCCCAUCUAUUUAUUAGAAGGGGUUUACACGGCUGAGGAAUUGUGUGUCAAGUCUGCUCUAAUAUGCAAUAUAUCUCCUUUGUGCCACAAUCUCUUUGCCUUGUACAACGAAAAAGAUAACCUCUGGUAUGCACCAAAUCACACUUUCAAGAUUGAUGCCAACACCUGUCUCAAACUUUAUUACCGUGUCAGGUUCAUCUUUACCAACUGGCAUGGAACCAAUGAAAAUGAGUCAUCUAUUUGGAGAUAUUAUCCCAAAAAACAGAGAGAGGAUUAUGAGAAGAAACAGGGGCAGGAAGGAACACCUCUUCUAGAUGCUAGUUCUCUGGACUAUUUGUUUUCACAGGGUCAGUAUGAGUUGGUGAAGUGUCUCGCACCAGUCAGAGAUCCAAAUACUGAUCAAGAACUUCAUGACAUAGAGAACGAGUGUCUGGGAAUGGCUGUUUUGGCGAUAUCUCAUUUGGCUAUCAAGAGAAAAAUGCCACUUCCUGAACUACCCAGGGACAUAAGUUACAAGAAAUACAUUCCGGAAACCUUGAAUAAAACUAUCAAGCAGAGAAACGUAUUAACACAAAUUCGAAUAAAUAAUGUUUUCAAAGAUUUUCUGAAAGAAUUUAACAACAAAACUAUUUGUGACAGUAGCGUCUCCCUACACGACCUGAAAGUUAAAUACUUGUCAACCCUGGAAACGCUAACGAAAAACUACGGAGCAGAGAUUUUUGCGUCAAGUUAUCUAAAGGUUUUAUUGGAAGGUGAACAAAAUGGUUUCAAUGCUGGCCACAGUAUGUCGGAGUACGAAGUUAUGGUGACUGGAAACACUGGAAUACAGUGGAGAGAAAAGCCAACUUGCCUUGCACCGGAGAAAGAGAAGAAACCAAAGAGGAAAAAAGGUGAUGGCAAGAAUAGAAGAUCAGAAGAACAGAUGAAACAGAAAGACCAAUGGAUCAGCUUCUGCUAUUUCCCUGAAAUAACACACAUUGUCAUCAAGGAAGACACCGUCGUUAUUUACAGUCAGGACAACAAACGCAUGGAUUUAAAGCUUCUCUCACCAGAGCAGGCACUUUCCUUCACUGCUUUAGUGGACGGGUACUUUAGACUUACUGCAGAUGCUCAUCACUAUCUGUGCACUGAUGUUGCCCCUCCUCUGAUUGUAGAAAACAUCAAGAAUGGAUGUCAUGGACCUAUAUGCACUGAAUAUGCCGUAAAUAAGAUUAGGCAAGAGGGAAACGAAGAGGGCAUGUUUGUGUUGCGCUGGAGCUGUACAGAUUUUAAUCAUAUCCUCAUGACUGUGGCUUGUUCCAGAUCUUCACAGCUCGAAUCCAAAACUUUGAAACAGUAUAAAAAUUUUCCAAUUGAGGUCAAAGUCGGCAAAUAUUGUUUACUUGGCUUAGACCAGGGUUUCGACUCGCUGAAGGAUUUGCUGAAGCACCUGAAGGGGCAGGUUCUGCGCACAGAUGAUGUCAGUUUCACGCUAAAGAGAUGCUGUCCACCAAAACCAAGAGAAAUUUCAAACUUGUUAGUUGCAACAAAAAAGGCCAUGGACUGGCAGCCAGUUUACCACCUCAGCCAGCUUAGCUUCCACCGAAUACUUAAAGACGAGAUUGUGCAGCUGGAUCAUAUGGGUCGAGGAACAAGGACACAGAUCUAUUCAGGAAAACUGAACUACAAAGAUGAUAAUGACUGCGAAAGCUUUUCAUCUGAAAAGGAAAUGAAAGUUAUCCUGAAAGUGUUGGACCCAAGUCACCGAGAUAUUUCUUUGGCUUUCUUUGAGACUGCAAGUAUGAUGAGACAAGUUUCACACAAACACAUUGUACUGCUUUAUGGCGUAUGUGUGCGGGAUGUGGAAAAUAUUAUGGUUGAAGAAUAUGUGGACUGCGGGCCUCUUGAUUUGUUCAUGCAUCGUAAGAGUGAAUUUCUAACUACACCGUGGAAGUUUCAGGUUGCCAAACAGCUUGCAAGUGCCCUGAGUUACCUGGAAGAUAAAGAUUUAGUGCAUGGAAACGUCUGCACUAAAAACAUCUUAUUGGCGAGAGAAGGGAUUGAGGGUGAAUGUGGCCCAUUUAUAAAGCUCAGUGACCCUGGAAUACCAAUUACUGUAUUAACCAGACAAGAACGAGUUGAACGGAUUCCUUGGAUUGCCCCAGAAUGUGUUGAGGACUGCAAGAUCCUGAAUGUAGCUACGGAUAAAUGGAGCUUUGGGACCACGCUGUGGGAGAUUUGUUUCAAUGGAGAAGUGCCCCUAAAAGAUCGAACUCUUGCAGAGAAAGAACGUUUUUACGAUGGCCGCUUUAUGCUGGUAGCACCAGCUUGCAAAGAGUUAGCAGAUCUUAUCAAUCAGUGCAUGAACUACGACACCAACAGGAGGCCCUUUUUCAGAGCCAUCAUGAGGGAGAUAAAUAAACUGGAAGAACAAAAUCCAGAUAUUGUCUCUGAAAUAACUCCCCAUGCAGAAGUUGACCCAACUUUGUUUGAGAAAAGGUUCUUGAAAAGAGUACGAGAUUUGGGAGAGGGGCACUUUGGUAAAGUAGAAUUGUGUCGCUAUGACCCUGAGGGAGACAAUACUGGGGAUUUGGUUGCCGUCAAAUCACUGAAGCCUGGGUCCGGAGGCAAUCAUAUUGCAGAUCUGAAGAAAGAAAUUGAAAUUCUACGAAAUCUAUACCACGACAACAUUGUGAAAUACAAAGGAAUAUGUGAAGAAGAUGGAGGCAGUGGCAUUAAAUUAAUCAUGGAAUAUUUGCCAUCUGGAAGUCUCAAGGAAUACCUUCCCAGAAACAUUAACAAAAUAAAUCUCAAACAGCAGCUUAAAUACGCGGUUCAAAUUUCCAAGGGAAUGGAUUACCUGGGGACACGGCAGUACGUCCAUCGAGAUUUGGCAGCAAGAAAUGUUCUGGUGGAAAACGAGCACAGAGUGAAAAUUGGAGAUUUUGGAUUAACCAAAUCCAUUGAAACCGAUAAAGAGUAUUAUACCGUCAAAGAUGACCUGGACAGCCCUGUGUUUUGGUAUGCUCCAGAAUGUUUGCUGCAAAGCAAGUUUUACAUUGCAUCUGAUGUCUGGUCGUUUGGUGUGACGUUAUAUGAAUUGCUAACAUACUGUAAUUCAGAGCAAAGCCCUAUGGCGAUGUUUUUGAAAAUGAUUGGACAGACCCAGGGUCAGAUGACUGUUACAAGACUUGUGCGUAUAUUGGAAGAUGGGAAACGUUUGCCAAUUCCAGCGAACUGUCCUAAUGAGGUAUACCAACUGAUGCUUAAGUGUUGGGAUCAGAAUCCGAAUAAGCGGACCACUUUCCAAGUCCUGAUCAAAGGUUUUGAAGAACUUAUAAACACCUUGUAGGUUUCCAGUCCGUCCCUAGCGUGGAAACGUCCAAUUUCCUCUCAACUGCUGCUCCUGUGGAUGCAUUGUAUUCUAUUACCACUUCUACUGGUUUCUGUCUUCCUCAACAUACCCGGAUUACACCGUAUGGAGGGGAAGUUGCGUGCAACCAACAAACGCCUGCUGUGCGUGACUCAGGACUUUCGCAGGCAUCAGCCAUUUGCUUCCUCUAGCAAGAUGAAUGCGCCAUCUUGUCAGAGGAACAUGAAAAACUGUGACUAUUUGAGAAUUUUGUAAUAUAUCAUCAGUACUUCUUGCACUUCAAUAUACCAGUUAACUGCUAAAUGCAUAUAGGUAUAUGGGGUCUCAAACAGACCAUUAAAAUGUAUUUAUUUUUUAACCAAUUUAAAAAAUUAGCUUUUUUAAACCAACUUCAAAGAUAUGCUGUAUUUAGCUUUACUUUUUUUUUUGACUACCUAAAGCUUAGAGCUUUUUUAUUUUGUAUUUACUAUAAAAGGUUUAAGGAUCUGUAUAUACACCAGUUCUUUCUUUGAGUAAAUGAGGCGUGUUUUUACAAAUGUUUAGGGUUUUUCUUUUCCAUUUCUGGUGUGUAAUAUUUGCUGCAAAGGUGCCAAUUAUUUUAAAUUUGCAAUCCCCCCUCCCCUCCUCACUACCCACUCACAAUUAGAUCUUGGCACUUAAAACAUGUUGGAAGAAUAAGUAACACUUAAGUCUGCACACGUUUAAAAAAAAAUAUAUAUCUAUUACACAUUCUUUAUAUUCAGAGCAGUUUAUAAAAUGUCAACCCCCAAGAAUGGGCUUAAUCUGAACAUCUAAACUGAGUGCCCACUGUGACUUAUCAAAGAUAGUGGGCAUACUUUAAGUAGGGUUUCAAAUUGAUUUACACGUCUAUUAGCCAGGCAUUAAGUUACUUGCCACUGCAAGCCAUAUUAUACGAUCCCAAUAGCUUUCAUUGUAUUCAAUGUCAGUUUACAAACAAUAUGUGGAUAUAACUGAAGUAUGAGUUUAGUGUGGUUUUGCAAACAAAAACCUAAUUCUGCACCUUGCGAUUUGUAUUCUAACCUCACUUUCCCUAUUUAAAUCAAACACUGGCUCUGAGUUUCCAUCUCUGCGUACCAACAAAUAAUCUUUUUGUACAGCUUUAACUGCCAUAUUGUGUUCAUCAGGCUUCUGUAAAAGACUAACUCUAUAAAGUUAAGUAAAUCUGCCACCUCCUGCCAAAACUGACCCCCUGAACAGAUCCCUCUCCACAUCAUACUUUGUUUUUUCCUUCAGCCUGUCUGCAUCCUCUAAAAUGUACAGAAUUUUAAAACCUUGUUUAAGCGAUACUCAAGGCAUCAUCUUAUUGUAUGUUUCAUGUGGACCUUUCAUUGUACUUUGUUAAAAGCCAUCUUCCUCCCAGUCUGUGCAGCUGAGAUUAUUCACUGAAAAUAAAG